UCAUUGACAUUCAGGACCAGGCGCUCCUGCUCCCGCCCCCGCGCCGAGCUGCCGGGCUUUUGUUCCCCCUGAAUAGUCGCUGCCGGAGCCCCGCAGGGUGACUGGGCAGCAGCGAGCCCCCCACCCGGACACCAGCGCCACCCGCCCAGGGAGCGCCAUGCCGCGGGAGGAGUCCUGCCGGGAGGAGCUCGGCUACGACCGCGUGGCCACCCUGGAGCGCGGCAGGCCGGACGCCGAGGGCUACACGGACCCCAAGGCCGGCGACCUGCAGCUGUCGUCCAGGCUGCCGCCCUGCUUCAGCCACAAGACGUGGGUCUUCUCUGUGCUGAUGGGGGGCUGCCUGCUGGUGACCUCGGGCUGCUCGCUGUACCUGGGGAACGUGUUUCCCUCCGAGAUGGACUACCUGCGCUGCGCGGCAGGCGCGUGCAUCCCUGCCGCCGUGGUGAGCCUCUCGGUGUCCCGGAGGAACGCCGCCGUGAUCCCCAACUUCCAGUUGCUGUUUGUUUCCACGUUUGCUAUCACCACGACUUGUCUGAUCUGGUUCGGGUGCAAACUGGUCCUGAACCCGUCCGCCAUCGAUAUCAACUUCAACCUGAUCCUGCUGCUGCUGCUGGAGCUGCUCAUGGCGGCCACGGUCAUCGUCUCCGCGCGGGUCAGCGAGGCGUCCCGCCGGAAGGGCUCCAGCUCCAGCUCCGACGGCACCAGCAUGCUGCACGGCGUGGCACUCCCUGUGCGGGUGCUGAAGGCCUACUCCGUCAUCGAGGUGGUUGCUGGCGUGUCUGCCGUGCUGGGCGGGGUCAUCACGCUGAACGUGCACGAGGCCGCCGUGAGCCCGCACCUCGCAGUGACUUUCUUCUGGAUCCUAGUGGCCUGCUUCCCAAGCGCCAUUGCCAGUCAUGUGACGGCUGAGUGUCCCAGCAGGUGUCUGGUGGAGGUGCUGAUCGCCAUCUGCAGCCUCACGGCGCCGCUGCUCUUCACGGCCGCGGGCUACCUGACCUUGAGCGUGAGGCGCGUCGUGGAGGUGUUUGCAGACUACCCGCCGGCCCUCCAGCAAUCCUACGACGUGCUGCUGCUGCUAUUGCUGCUGGAGCUGGUGCUGCAGGCGAGUCUGCACACAGCCACCGUGGUCCAGUGCGCCCGCUUCACGGGGGCCCGCCCGCAGGAGCGCCCCGCAGAGGUGCCCAAGAGCCCCCCCAGGGAGUUCGACAAGGAGCGCGCCUGGAGAGCCGUGGUGGUGCAGAUGGCCCAGUGAGGCCCCGAGACCUGCCUGCUCCUCUGACCCCUUCCCCGGGGGCGGCCAGCUGCAGUGUCUGUUUCCCACAGGUUGACCAUUCUGAUUGGCGGGCAGCUCGGUGCGGGCAAGGAGGGCUCGUGGGGCUGGACGUGGGCACUGGUCAGUGCAGUUUCUGGGCACUGUACCUGCUGCCUGCUUCCCACCUCCGGUACCUC